AUGCCUGGUCAACUGCAUCCUGGCCCGAUGGGCCCCUCUGAGCGACAGCCCCCGAGCGGUCCAGGGAGGCAAGGCAUGCGAAAUGCUUCUGAUAAGCCCUCAUCUGGUGGGCCCGCAUCGCCGGAUUCUGAACGACUCCAAGCCACCGGGAUGCACCCGGACCGGCUCAGGGUUCUACAGCAGCAGCAACCGCCGCCCAGCGAUGGAGGGCAGGCGCCUAGCCCGCGCGCCCAGAACCCGCCGGUGUCCCCAGCAUCGGCCGUCCCCCCAUCGGGGCCUCGGAGUACGCAUGGCCCUUCCUCGGGGCCACCGCCUGCCUCCCGUGGUCCUCCUCCGUCCGGAGGGAGUUUCAGCGGGGAGCGAGGGAGAGGAGAUAAGCGGUUCGCUGGCAUCAACAAUAUGCUCCAACAAUCCGGCGGGCCAGCCGACCGUGGCGGCCCCGGCCCCGGUCCCGGCCCCGGCCCCGCGAUCCGUGGCCGUGGUGCCAGCCGACAGAUGGCAUCUGUGGGUGGCCCGUCCCCUCAGAACUCGCGACCCCCGACUCCCAGUGGCCCGGAGGAUGGCGGCCGACCCGGGUCGUUCACCCAGGGCCGGGCCGACCUCCUGGCUGAAGAUGGACCUCCCCGGGCUCGACGAGGCGACCUCCUGGAUGAAGCCGGCCCUGAAUCUCGACGAUCCUCCGGACGAUUUCCACACGACCGAGAGCGGGAGCGCGAUCGGGAACGCGAGCGUCGCGGCGGCGGUGGCGGUGGCGGUGGGGAAGAUGAUGGAUCUCGCGGCACGAAUCGGCGGGAGGAAUUCCGGGAGCGCACCCGCGAUUUCGAGCGCGAGCGCAGUCGCCGAAGCGAUGCGGGGGCUAGUAUGCGAGACGAGCGGUACGAGUCUCGCGAAGCCUCCCGACGCGGACCGGGCGCGCGCGACGAGAACCGUCGGCGGCGGGAUCGAGACGAGGGACCCGACGGCGGCCCGAACAGCAGCAACCAGGAUCACGAGGGACGUCUUCGGCCCCCGUCGUCGCUUGGCGGCCAGCCACCCCCUCCGCCGCCACCACUGGCCCCCGCCGGCAGCGGUCCCAGCGGUCCCAACGGUCCCGAGGACGAUCGACGCUGGGGAGGCCGAGAGAUGCGGGACCGCGAUCGGGAUCGCAUGAGAGACCGUCCUCGGGAACGCGACUACCCUCGGGAGAACCCGCCUGGACCUCCUCCGUACCGCAAACGGGGACGUCCUGGCGGCGACGAGGGAGUCCACGGGGACGGCGUUGGACGAGGGGGGAUGCGCAUGGGGAGUGAAAGCAAACGACCUCGUCGGGGUGCUUAA